AUGCCUCCCACGCUUUCAUUCGUGACCACAGCCCUCCUAGCAUUCUCGCUCCUGCUCCUCGCACGACUAUGGAGCAACUUCCAAUGGCGCAGGAAAUACAAGCUCCCGCCGGGUCCAAAGGGCAUCCCCUUCUUCGGCAACAUGUUCCAGAUGCCGCCCUACCACCAAGGACCCUGGGCCCAGCAAAUGGCCCAGAAGUUCACCCUCCACAUCGCAAGUAACACCUGGGUCUUUCUCAACUCCACCCGCGUCGUGUCCGACCUGCUGGACAAGCGCUCCGCAAUCUACUCGUCUCGGCCUCGAUUCCCCUACACAUCGACACUGAUGUCGGGUGAUUGCCGGAUGGUGCUGCAGCCCUACGGCCCGCAGUGGCGCGCCAUCCGCAAGAUCAUGCACAGCAUCCUCAACGCGAAAAACGCGGACACCUUUGCGCCGUUUCAGGAUGUAGAGAGCAAGCAGCUAGUCUUUGACGUGCUGAGGCAGCCGGACAUGUGGUGGAAGGCGAACCAGACAUUUGCCAACAGCGUGAUCAUGAGCGUUGUCUUUGGGAAGCGGAUUACUGGAUCGGAACCAAGACAGCAGGAGGGGAAGAGCAACGUGGAUAAGCUAUUCGACACGAGCCAGGAGUUCAUCGCAUCAAUGCAACCUGGAGCAAACCUGGUCGAUGCAUUCUACUUCCUUGAUCGGUUGCCGAAGCCGUUGAAGUGGUGGACGCGGAAGGGUGAAGAAGCGUUCCAAAGACUGCUUCAAGUGUAUGGUACUGAGGUGGGGGAUUUGGAGGAGAGAAUAGGUAAGGGCACCUGUCCACCGUGCUUUGCAAGCAAGUUUCUGGAGGAUCCCGAAAGUGGGAAGCUGGGCGAAACCCAACGGCUGUUUGCGCUGGGAAGUCUAAUGGAGGCGGGGAGUGACACGAGUCGGAUGACAUUGAGUCAGAUUGUUGCUGCCGCCGCGACAGACAAGCGAUGGGUGAAAGAGGCGCAGGCCGAGUUGGAUCAAGUCUGCGGUGAUGCGUCACGGCUGCCUGAGUUCAGUGAUCGUGGCAAGCUGCCGUAUCUGAGCGCGGUCGCGAAAGAAGGAUUCCGGUGGAGACCUUUUGCCGAGAUAGGUAUGUUCCAUACGCUCAUCAAAGACGACGUCUACGAGGGUUAUCACUUUCCUGCCGGUACAGUGUUUACAUGGAACGCAUGGCACAUUGCACUGGACCCAGACGAAUAUCCCGACCCACUGCGAUUUUGGCCUGAGAGGUGGCUUAAUCCAAAGAUCCAGGCUGUCGACCCAAGUAAAGUCCAAGAUCCGCUAGCUGGCCAUUGGGGUUUCGGUGCGGGAAGAAGAGAGCGUGAAGUGCGCCUGGCAUCCUUCGAUGUUCGUCCUGCGUGGCUCUGGGACUAG